CAAAUUCGUAUGGUGUUCUUAAUUCAAAGUUUAAAUUGUUUUUAAAAAUAUUUCAAAUUGUCGAGUGCGCCUCUGUCAAAUGUGUGAGUGUUUUGUUCUUCGGACAUGCGAGUGUGAUGUGUUGUGCAUUUAAACGAUCUUGUUUUGUUUAUAUUACGGAGUUACUGCAUUCAAUGAACGAUUUUUAGAAUAAGAAAGAUUAACCAAAGACAGUGGAUGUAGAGACUAGAGACCAAAGAUGUUCGGGUUUAAACGAUCAGUCGCCUUCCUGGUGGUGACCCUAGCGUGGGCCCUGCAAUACUACACCUUCAGGAGCGUACUAUUAUGGUACAUUUUCGCAGUACCACUGUCGCUUGCCGUGGUAUAUGCAGUUGGGACCUAUGACCAUGAGUACUGGGCCGAUCGCGGGAUCUUCGCCCCUCCUGCUUUGCCCUUCGUGGGGCAUAUCAAGACUGUCGUCACCUUCAAGGAGCAAGGAGGACUGUUUUUCAAGAGAAUCUACGAUCAAUACAAGGAUCUGAGGUUUUUGGGAACGCACCAAUUCUACCAGAGGACCCUCGUGGUCCGCGACCCUGAUCUGAUAAAGAGGAUCUGCGUGAACGACUUCCAGCACUUCGUGGACCGCGGCUUCUUCUUCAGGGAGGACGUGGACCCCCUCGCCGGGUCCGUGCUGUUCCUCCGGGGGGCCAAAUGGAAGCGCCUUAGGGCUAAAAUAUCGCCUAUAUUUUCGCCAAAUAAACUACGAAGCAUGUUUCCACUAAUAGACAACACAGCAAAAGAAUUUUUAGUUCGAGUGAAAAAGCAAUGUACCAAAAACAAACACGAUGCUAGUAACAACGCCAGUGAAAAAGACAAAAUAGUGGCUAAAGAAGAAACUACUGCAGAAGUAAAGUUUGAGAAGUUCGUUGGAGGUUUCACGGCAGAUGCAAUAGUGCCGUGUGCCUUUGGACUGAAAAGCAAUGUCAUGGAUAAUGAGGAUGAUCCGUUUGCUGUAGCGCUGCAUGCCUUCUACGAGAUGUCGCUGUUCAACAUAUUUGAGAAGACCAUGCGUCAAUUCUGGCCAGCCUUCGUGCUGUUCUUCCGUAUGAGAAUCAUUCCGAAGAAGACCCACGACUUCUUCUAUAACAUCGUCUGCAGUGUGCUCAGGGCCAGGGAAAAAGGUGACCAGGAGAAACGCGGAGACUUCAUAGACAUGAUGAUGGCACUGCGCAACGAUGACACCAAUCAAAAUAGCAAGCCGGUUGAAGAGGACAUCGAAAUCACUGACAUGGUGAUAGCAGCAAACGCGUUCAUAAUCUUCCUGGGCGGCUUCGAGACCACCUCCUCGACCCUGGCCUUCCUGUUCCUGGAAUUAGCGGCGCACCCAGAAGUCCAGGACAAGAUGAGGAGCGAGAUCGAGGAGGUGAUCGCGAAACACGGCCAGAUGACGUACGAGGCGUUACAGGACUUGACGUAUAUGGAGAUGGUUAUAUUGGAGACCCUUCGCCUGUACCCGCCGUUCCCAACCAUCCAGCGGAUGUGCACGAAAGACUACACCAUCCCGGGGACCACCGCCGUCGUGGAGGAGGGCACCAUUGUGCUGUUCCCAACGCUGGGCAUACACAGAGAUGAACAGUACUUCCCCGAUGCGGAAGCGUUCCGCCCUACGCGCUGGGCGGGCGCCGCGCCGCCGCCCGGUGUGUAUGCGCCCUUCGGCGACGGGCCCCGCUACUGCAUAGGGAAGCGGUUCGCGAUGAUCCAGAUGAAGAGCUGCCUGUCGCAGGUGGUCCCGCGGGUGCGGGUCUUCCCCGUGACGCCCCGCGCCGGGCCCUUCGCGGCGGACCCGCGUUCCCCGCUCACGCUGCACCCCUACGACUCCCGCGUCAGAAUCAGCCUCAUUCAGACAGACAAUUGAAGACUCAUCUUUACAAUAGUUUUGUUUAUAAAUCGCUCCCGCUGUCUGUACAGUUAGAUCUUCUAAGGCCUUGUCCAGGAGGGCGAAUUCGCCGCGAAUCCUACGCGCGUUGGCGAGAUACUAUAGUCUGGUCUGCG